CGCUGCACCGGUAGGGUAACCGCAACCACUAGAAUCUAGUCCGUUUUCUGCGCUCUCCAUGUUGAAACGGAGCAACUUCUCCUCCGGUGAACUCCCAACCGUCCCUCCGUCCACCACCGCUAACCCAGCUGCUUCCACACCGCCCAACCAUGACAUUUGACUGGGAAGGAAUCCGCCAAACUGUAUGAGUGCUGCCUCAACCGGAAAAAUAAAACAGUAAGACAGGUGGCUCCAACUCAGGCCUCUGGAUGCUGUUGCUCCUGCAGUUCAGGUGAAAGGACGGGCAGGUUGUCAGGAUGAAGGAGGAGAAUUUGCUCCAACGGAGGCUUUCUCUUUGCCCGAGCACCACCUCUCCACCUAAAAUCGACCCCCGCACCCUCACCCGCAACUUGUCUUAUGGAGGAGACAAUGACAUCUACAACUACAGUCCAGGCAGUGAGACAGACAGGAACGCUCUCUCCAUGCUGAGUAGUGAACUUAGUCCUGCCCAAUCACCAGACAGCAAGUCUGAGUCCAGGAUGUUUAAUGGCGUUGAAAAGGACUGCCCCUCCCCCACUGAGAAGCUGGCUCGAAAGGAGUCUCUUAAGGUCCAGAAGCAAAAUUAUCGACAAGAGAAGAAGAGGGCAGCUAAGGAACUGUCCACUGCACUUAAGGACCCCAGUGUUGUCAUCAUGUCCAAUUGGCUCAAGAUCCGUGGUUCUUUAAAGAGUUGGACCAAAUUGUGGUGUGCCUUAAGGCCUGGUGUGCUGUUGAUCUAUAAGACACCUAAAACAGACCACUGGGUGGGCACCAUCCUGCUAAGUGCAUGCAAGCUGAUCGAGAGACCCUCUAAGAAAGAUGGCUUCUGCUUCAAGCUCUACCAUCCCCUGGAUAAAUCCAUCUGGGCUGUCAAAGGUCCAAAGGGAGAAAAUGUCGGCUCCAUCACGCAGCCCUUACCAAGCAACUACCUGAUUUUUCGAGCUGCAUCUGAGUCUGAUGGCCGCUGCUGGAUGGACGCCCUGGAGCUGGCUCUAAGCAGCUCCACUCUCUACAAGACAGCUCCCAAAGCUGGAAAAGAGGGCGAUAUCAGCAUGACUUCAGAGUCUUCACAUUUACUCCAGCUGCUGCAGACUUCUCCUCUCACCGAUACAGAGCUGCAGCAGUUGAAUGAGUCGUCCCUCCUCGGCAAUCACAUGGAGCAUGACGGCUCGUCUGACAAAUCAGAGCGUGAGAUUCAUGACGACUGGGACACCACCGGUCAUGAAAACGGCGGAAGGCUGACGGAGGAGAGCGACGUCGAGCAUUCGGACGAGAUGUCCCCCGGUCCAAAGGCCACAGCUUAUGUGGAGCAGGUCACCGAGGAGAUGGCUGAGGCUGGCGAAGCGUCUCAGGUUGAGACCGUAUCGGAGGAGAACAAGGGUCUAAUCUGGGGCCUGCUGAAGCAGCUGCGACCUGGCAUGGACCUCUCAAAGGUGGUGCUGCCAACCUUCAUCCUGGAACCUCGUUCCUUCCUGGACAAGCUGUCUGACUACUAUUAUCAUGCUGAUCUGCUUUCACAGGCUUCACUAGAGGAAAGUGCAUACGGUCGGAUUAAGCAGGUGCUGAGAUGGUAUCUGUCUGGCUUCUACAAAAAGCCCAAGGGUCUGAAGAAGCCUUACAACCCAAUUCUAGGGGAGACAUUUCGCUGCUGCUGGCUCCAUCCUCAGACUAACAGCUGCACAUUCUACAUAGCCGAGCAGGUGUCGCACCAUCCUCCCAUCUCUGCCUUUUAUGUUUGCAACAGGAAGGAUGGUUUCUGUAUCAGUGGAAGCAUCCUGGCCAAAUCCAAGUUCUAUGGUAACUCUCUAUCAGCUAUUCUAGACGGCAGAGCUAGACUUCUGUUCCUGAGCAGAGAUGAGGAGUAUGUCAUCACAAUGCCCUACGCUCACUGCAAAGGAAUCCUGUAUGGCACCAUGACAUUAGAGCUGGGAGGGAAAGUUACCAUCGAAUGCGAGAAGAUGAAAUGUUAUGCAGAGCUGGAGUUCAAAUUAAAGCCUUUCCUGGGAGGCGCCGGCUCAGUAAAUCAGAUCAGUGGAAAGAUCAUGAUGGGGGACGAACUCAUGGCCACGAUUGAUGGACACUGGGACAGCGAGGUGUUUAUUCAGGAGAAGCGCUCCGGCCAGCAGGAGACAUUGUGGAACCCAACUCAAGAAAUCCGCAGCAGGCGCCUCAAGCGACAAGUGGUCCAGUUAGACCAGCAGGGGGAGUUUGAGUCUGAAAGGCUGUGGCAGCACGUUACCAGCGCCAUCCUGGAUCGGGACCAAGUGAGGGCAACUCAGGAGAAGUUUGUCCUUGAGGAGGCUCAGCGGAGAGAAGCCAAAGAGAGAGGAGAGAGAGCCUGGAUCCCAAAACUUUUCCAGCAGGAUCCCGUCACCUCAGAGUGGACCUACAUCCACCUCGACACACGGCCGUGGGACAACGAGGCUUGCCUCGUCCAGUUUGAGAAGGAUGGAGUGAUUCAGACGCAAGAGAAGAUCCAUAGACGACACAACGGGCUUUCCUACAGCCACACCUGGACCAGGCAACACAAGUCGGAGAUAAAUGGGAAACACAGGAAAACAAGCAGCCAGCCAUCCACCUGCAGCCAGAACACGGAGAGCAGCAGCACCACUCCAGAACCAACACACGAAUCCUCAGAUAAUGAAGGCUUCUCUACCCAAUGUGCCCGCUGCAGUAAAGAGGUGAAGGAUAUUGCUGUGAUCGAAGCCUCCAUCACAUCCAUACAGAAAACCCAGCAGGAUAUUCAAAGGAACCUGGUGGCUCUGAGUCGUCAGCUGUCUCGGCAGAGGGCCACAGACGACUCCACGUCCUUAACCGGCCGUCACUGCCUCAUCCUCUGCGUUCUGCUCCUUUCCCAACUGCUCCUCAACUACGUCUUCACCUGAGCCAGCUCCUACAGGAAGAAGUUUCCCUCCAGCACCGGCCUGGAUUUAAAGCUUCCAAAAAAAGCACACAGACUCCCAUUAAGGCGACGGAGACCUCAGAUCAGUGCUCGGAGGGAAACUUCUUCCCUUUGAGUCCUUUGUAAGAAGAGGAGCAUGGACUUAAUAGCAAUAAACACAGCCACAGCAACCGCCUGUCAGUCACCUGCAGAGAGGAACGGCACCUCCUAGUGUAGCCAGACUGAAACAGCACCGGCACCCUCGCACUUUGGAAAGGAAAGGGAAUUUAUACUUGGAAGACUGAAUGAUUUGAUGAAAGAAAUGACAGAGAGGAUUUUUUCACCAUUCCUUAGUGUCUUUUUUUUAUACACAUGCAUAUAUAUAAAACGUUGCCCUGCAAUACUGUUCAUCUGUGGGCGUGCCUCUGUAAGUGUGGUGUUUGUAUUAUCACUAGGCCCUAUGGGCACAAGCAGAUCACGUCUUGGACUUCUCCUGCUCCCCUUCCAUUUCAGACUUUCGGCCUUAACUAUGAAGCCAAAAAAAGAGGAAAAGUACCGGAUAUAAUUAUACAAAUGAAGAAAUAACAUCUUCAAACCGUGCAAUUGUGGGGUUCUUUUUUGUUUUUUUAUUAAUGUUCACUCAAAUACACUCUGUCUCGUCUUUUUAAGAAUGAUUUUACCAAAACAGUAUUUAUACUCUGAAAGGACAGAGUUCUUGUUUACAGGGAAAAUAGGAUGUGCUCUUUGUGACACAUCGGAAGAAAGGAAGGAUAACGAGUUGGAGGCAGGGCAGAAAGCCAAACAGAGUGUCUUUAUAUUUGUGUGCCUGCUGUAUCUGAAGGGAUGGUAGAUAGCAUCGGUCUGGACCACUGAACGAGUGAAUUGCGUACAAUCAGUCUCAGUGCGAAGGAAGGAACAGGGAAACAAGAGUAUAUGAGCCUAAGAGAAGGGAUUUCUGUGUCCACCGUGGUCUGCACCACCUCCAAGUGACUGUCUUAGUUGUAAACACUUAGUAA